AUGCACGACACUGUCUGCAGGAGUUGUCACUCUGGCGCUCCACAGUUUUGCUGCAGGGACUGCUUUGGCACCGAGUUGUGCUGCCAUAGUUGCGUUGUGGCUUCACACGCUAACAAUCCAGCGCAUCGAAUUCAGGAGUGGAUGGGCAUUUACUUUGUGCCUGUCUUGCUGAAGAAACUGGGGUUGCACGUGCAACUCGGUUAUCCAGCAGGUGAACACUGCUUGCUGCCUCAAAAGGCAUUCAACAAUGAUUUUACUCUCAUUGAUACCAACAGUAUACAUGAGAUCAGCCUUGACUAUUGUGGCUGCGAGACUGCUGAGAGGCAUGUCAAGCAGUUGCUUCGGACAGCUUGGUUUCCAGCUACAUCAACUGAUCCACGCACUGCAGCUACUUUCACCAUCCUCGAACAAUAUCACUUGCUAUCAUUUGAAUCUAAAGCAUCAGGGUAUGAGUUUUACCACUCCCUUGCUCGUGAUCAUUACGAGGCAUUUAUGCGUAUUGUCCGCGAGUGGCGACAUCUUAAGAUGCUCAAGCAAGCAGGCCGAGGUUAUGACCCCACUGGUGUGGGGAAUACUAAGAGUGGUGAAUGCGCCGUGCUGUGCCCAGCCUGUCCGCAACCUGGUCGAAACCUUCCUGACAAGUGGGAAGAGGCACUGAAAGAAAUAAGCUGGUUAUAUGGUCUUUUUUUAGCCAUUGAUGCCAAUUUUCGACUCAAACGAUGUAUAAAAAGCACAUGUUCGUCGCACAAUGCAGUAAACAUGGCGGACACGAAGGUGUCUCAGGGCCUAGCUGCAACUGGAGUCGUCGGUGAUCUUCAAAAAGGUGAAAGGUACACUAAUAUGGAUUUUCUAUUCUUUUCAACUCUCCGUGGGCGUGACUGGCACAAGAAUCUCUGGGAGAGAAUGUCAGCUAUGCCUUCUGAACUUCAUCUCAACCAUUCCGCGAAGUUCAUAAGGUUCUUCGUGCCAAAAUUCCAUCUACCGGUGCACGUUCUCAAGUGUCAAACUAUGUUCUCUUUCAAUUUCUUGAAGAAUGUUGGAUGCACAGAUGGGGAAGCUCCCGAGCGAGGUUGGUCAAAUAUUAACCCAGUCGCCUCCAGCACAAAAGAAAUGGGACCCGGCUCGCGUAGAAACACGCUAGAUGAUCAUUUCAGCGACUGGAAUUGGAAAAAGGUUGUAGGACUUGGCACAACACUCCUUCGCAAGAUGGAUGAGGCCAAAGAGGAAAGAGAUGUGCACCAGAUGGCAUUUGAAGAACUCAACAGAGCUUUGAAACUGACCGCGGUUCGACUCAAACUCGCCCAACUGGAGGCAGCUGAACUACAGCAAGGAAUGGAUGUUUCAUUGCAUGCUGAUGUUUCUCCAAGCAUAUUCAUUGCAUCGGGGAUCGACCUGGAGAAUGAACAGUAUGGUCUGCAUGCCACAGAUAUUCAAAAGGGCACAGUCCAACGACUGCAGAAUGCAUUACAAUGCAAAAUCGACACUUGGAAGCGCAUCCAAAUUCUUUACACCCCCGCAGUACAGCUCAUAGAGUCAAGGGUCGAAUUGCCUUCCCACAGCACCCUGGGCAUGAUCAAUCCCGAGGAUUCCCAGCUCUGGCUCCCAUCCGCUCUGUGCAGUAACCCCAUACCUUGCAAUGCACGACUCCUUGUGACCGAGUGGGAAUUACGACACGCUCAGGCUGGGGACACUCUUGAAGAAAUGAGACAGAGUCUUUGCCUGUGGGACUACAUUCAUGUUGAAGCCAGGGCAUCAGCCACAGCAGAUAAGUACCGUGCGGCUUGUACGGCGCUCUCAUCUCUUGCCCACAUGCUUGGAAAGGUUGGGUGGGAUCACAAAUAUAAGGUUCUCGAGAGGAAGGAUGACAUCCGUGGGAUGUCAGUUCCGAAACAGUUAUUGUGGAUUUGGCUGGUUGAAGGAGUCGGGGAUGGUGAAGAUGAAGUCGUACAAGAUAGUCUCAGAGUCGAAUGGUGCAAAGCUCGUGUGAGGUCCAUGCAAUGGGCCAAAGAAGUUAAGCUGCUCCAGGAGGAGAUGCGCCGAGUGUCUUGCUUUCUUAGGUGGCACGCAUCAUGGUGGAACAAGAAGACUUCAGAAUGCACGCUUGGCACCGCUGCUGAUAAUGAGGGUCUAGGUGCCUACGCCUAUCGUCAGGCUCAGCUUAGGGAUGAUCUCACCAAUUGUUUUGAGAACAAGUGGGCCGCAUAUCUCUCACUGACUACGGCCUAUAAUACGAUGUAUCCGGUGGAUAGUGCAUCCGAGACUAUGAUGGCUAAUGAAGCCGAGUUAGAUCUCUACCUCCCAGAAUUGCCGCUUCCUUAA